AUGGACACGCAGAAAGAUGACCACAAGUCACACGCUGUCGCAGAAGAAGCAGGCGUCGUAGUAGGGGACUCUGUUCCCAUCGACGCCGCAGCAGAGCGGUCAGUCGUGCGCAAGCUGGACUUUCGACUGCUUCCCGUCCUCUCGCUCAUGUACUUCUUCAACUCCCUUGACCGCUCCAACCUGGGGAAUGCCAAAACGGAUGGCCUCGAGAACGAUCUCCACCUGGUCGGAAAUCAGUAUAAUGUCAUCUUGGCUGUCUUCAACGUCACCUUCUGCUUAUUUGAUCUCCCGUCCAACUUGAUGUUGAAGAAAUUCAGCGGAAAGGUGAUGCUACCGUUGAUGAUGAUAGGAUGGUGGGUUACCCUUCUAGUAAGUAUGUCUGACUUCGCUAACCAUGGCAUCAGGGGUUCCAUCACACUGCUGCAGUGUGCCGUGUUCAACUUUGCAGGCCUGUUAGUCUGCCGUUUAGUCAUGGGGAUCUUCGAAGCAGGAUUCUUCGCCGGGGUGAUCUUCUACCUCACGCAGUUCUACAAACGCAACGAGAUUGCCUUCAGACUGAGCAUCUUCUACGGCAUGGUCACCAUCGCUGGUGCCUUUUCUGGUCUCAUCUCCUUUGGCGUCUUCCAAAUCAAGCACCACCUCCCAGGCUGGAAGUACCUCUUCCUCAUUGAAGGCGGUGCCACCCUGAUCAUUGCAUCCUUCGCGCUUUGGUGGCUCCCUGCCAGCGGCGCUCAGUGCCAUUGGUUCAAUGAAGCCGAAGCUCGCGCGGCCCAAAUGCGCCUCUUACAGGACGGUUCAGUGCGGACGGGUGAGAAGCUCUCGAUUACCGCGGCCUUGGCCGCGCUCAGUGACUGGCGCGUGCUAGCAUGGGCUGUCAGCUGCUUCUGCUACGGCGUCGCUCAAACUUCCGUUAGUAAUUUCCUGCCGCAGAUGGUGGCCCUCCUGGGAUAUUCCACCAUUAAGACGAAUCUCUACACGGUGGCGCCGUACUGUGUGGGUACAGCCGUGCUCUGGAUCAUCUGUCUAUCAUCUGAUCACUUCCGGGAACGUUCCAUACAUCUGGCAGGCUCGCUGAUGAUUACCUUUGUCGGGUAUAUCAUCUUGAUCGCGGUGGACGCGUCAGAGCACCAGGGUGUCGCCUACUUUGCCUGCUUUCUGCUGGCAGCCGGGGCCUUCGUGCCCAGCUCCGUCUUCCAUAGUUGGCACACUAAUAAUGUCACCGACGAGUCGCAGCGUGCUGCUACUGUGGGAUUCCUGGUGGGCGCGGCCAACUGUGCUGGCAUCCCGUCCAGUCUGGCAUUCAAGGCAGAUACAGCCCCGCGAUAUAAGCCGGCGCUAAUCGUCAACUGCGCGUUUCUUCUUUUCGGGGUGCUGGUGAUCCUGGGGAUGGGGACGUAUUUCCGCUACGAUAACCGGCGCCGCGAUCGCGAGCAGGGGGUGAGACUCACCGCGGCGGACGUGUCGACCAAGUCGCUGGUGGGCGGGUGGAAGGAUCCGAAUUGGCGAUGGACCACAUGAGGUCAGAUAUUGCAGACUAUCCUGUUGUUGUGGCCCUACCCUAUCAUACGGCCAUAUGUAACCAUGGGUGUGCCCGUUAUGGUAGAACAAGGAAUUUCGACGUCGG